CCUUUUCUUUUCGCUACUUCAGCGCGUGGCAAGUGUGGUUCCGAUCCGGUGCAGUUGUAAUUGCAAAUUCGCAAGGAAUUUAAGCUCCAUAAUUCAAAAAGCAACAACUCCAACAUGAAAAUCUUUAAGGAUAUCUUUACCAAUGACGAAAUGUUCUCUGACGUCCAUAAAAUUAAACUUGUGGAUGAGGUUAUCUACGAAGUCUAUGGAAAAUUGGUCAGCCGCUCUGAAGGAACGGUACAUAUUGAGGGCUUCAACCCAUCGGCUGAAGAGGCUGAUGAGGGCACUGAUGAAAAUGUGGAAACUGGCGUCGAUAUAGUGCUAAACAAUCGCCUAAGUGAAUGCUUUGCUUUCGGCGACAAGAAAAGUUACACUCUUUACCUGAAGGAAUACAUGAAGAAAAUUCUGGAUAAACUUUCGAAAGAUGCACCCGAUCAAGUUGAUGUGUUUAAGACCAACAUGAACAAAGUCAUGAAGGAGAUUCUGGGCCGGUUUAAGGACUUGCAGUUUUUCACUGGCGAGUCAAUGGACUGCGACGGCAUGGUUGCAUUGUGUGAAUAUCGUGAUAUUGAUGGCGUGAGCACUCCCGUUUUCAUGUUCUUUAAGCACGGUCUUGAAGAGGAGAAACUCUAAAUUCUCUUCUUUUCAUGUACAUAAAGUUUCUCUUGUGGUCUGCAGUAACAACAACAAAGACAAACAACGCCCGACGCAGACACUAAAAAACUUUUACCAAUGUACAUACACACACACACCAACAUCAGAGACAUACUCACACAUACCUAAUACAUAUUCUUAACGAUUUUUUAGUUAACGUUUUUUUUGGCAAAGUUCGAAAUUUAUGUUUAUGUCUAAGCGAAAUCCAAAAUUUUGAUUGAUGUAUUUUGUAAAAUCAAUGAUAACAACUUUUGAUUGUGAAAUGAGAGAAAUUUGUAAUUGUAGUAAAAUACUGCGCCACCAGGAGCCACACAUUAACAGUAGCUAAAUAUAACUAAAUUAUGGUGUUUACUAUUGUAAUUGAUAACAGCGUAAUAUAAUGUUUUUAUAACAACAAUUUUUGUAUACCUUUGUUUACGUUUGAAAUGUCAAGGAACAGACAGAAAUCAGAAUAAAAAUAGCAUUUGUAUGUACUAAUAGAAACAUUAAACGGAAACCAUAUUCAAAACUGCAAUCUCAA